AGACCUUACCUUCACUUUAUACCUGUUUGGGCCGUACAUACUGUCGAGGGAGCUCUUGAGCUUCAAGGGGUCGUUGUAUUUCUGCCUUAAUACAACUUCGUACCAUGUCGCGGUGUUUGAUGGUGGCUGCGGCUCAGACAUUCUUAGGUUAUUCCAGCGCUCCCACCCCUGCAAGAGACUGGCGACAGCUUUUCAUCCGAGGUUAACAAGCGGGCUGAAAAGGGAAAAAAUAGGGACGGCUCUGAAGAGAAUAAAGGUUAAUCUGGUGAGUUGUGUGUAGAUUGGAAUACAUGGAAAAAAGCAAAUCAGUCCAACGGCAGCUCCCGGCUGACCAGCAGCAGGGAGCGUCGGACAGAGUGCCUAAUAAAAUGUCAGGCCAGCGCAUAGGUAUCUGCAUCACGACAAUCUAAGCAACCUUGAGAACCAAUCGGAUAUGAUCUGCGGAGUAAAAUAUGCAGCAAGCCUAGGCGUGCAACCUAAGACAGUAACCAGCAAGGCUCUCCAGAAAGCCCUUAUUCUUCCCGAAAUGCCUUUAGAAGAAGUAAAUUUCCAAAUAAGUUAACCUUCAGAGAUACCCGCUAUUAGCAAGCAUUCAAUUGCCAGCCCUUACCCACGCUUACUCUGGCUAUUAAUAGACAGGAUGGACUGGCCUAUGGAAGACUCGGCUUGGUCUAACAUCGACUUAGAGACGUUUGGUUUUGAAUCACGCCCUACCGUAGCCCUCCGAAAAUCGGAAUCACAUACAACGUUGACACGGGAUAUACUUCAGAAUAAGAACGACUGGGAGAUUUGGUUUGAUAUUGCCCUGAAUCCCACUCCUGGGUCGAACGAGUUCCAUGCCGUACUUUGCAGUAGGGCAGCGCCUAUUUUUGAGGGGGAAGAUGCUCCAGUUUCCUACGUCUCAGUCUCAAGGGACACGUGGGAGAGGCUUACAAGAUUAUUCCAUAUCCACCGGGGUAUCACACGGUCGAUAGCUAGACAGGUCGCUUGCAUUUCGUCGUUCUACGAGGAGAAAAAAGGGGCAAGUACGAAGAUAUGCUUUACUGCCCGAAUGUCGAAAUAUCUCCCUGGAGACCUAGCGUUAUCUGUCACUUAUAUCCCAAGCACCGAAUCCAUAUAUGCUGUUAUGUAUGGUUGCAAUAAAGAUCAGAUACAGGCAAUCGAGAAGCGCAUUCAAUCGGCUGGUGACAGAACUAAAUAUCCGUUAUUAAUGAUCGGGAUCUUCGUCGAACUAGAGAGAGAAAGACUAGUGUCUAUAGCCGACAAACUCCUGGAUGGGUUUACCUUGCGAUCAGAGAAUCUAGAGAAUGGGACCUGGGACCCGUCUAUAGAUAUGAGUAAGGAGAAGACACAAGAAUACCUGGCGCUUUGUCUUCAAAGCCGAAGUCUUAUAGACCACAUGAACGCCGUAAAGCGGCAAGUGGUAAAGCUUCUGGCCGAGAUAGAAGAGUUCGAAGGUUAUCUUUCAUCUCAUAAACAUGGAGAGCGUUCUCACGAUGGUAAGAGAGUACAUCGGUUCAAGAAAAUUGGAGCCCAGAUGAAGAAGAGACUGCAAGAUACCAUCAAUGAGUAUGAUGGCAAGAUAGACGAAUGUAAUAUGAUCCUAGGAAAUAUUACUCUGGCUAUGCAGACGGUCUGGAAUCAAAUCGCGAUGCACGAUUCGGACCUCAAUACUCGCAUUGCUCACGUAAACACAGGGGUCGCCCUUGAAACAAAACGGGAAGGCAUCCAAAUGAGGUCGAUUGCUAUACUGUCGAUGAUUUACUUGCCUUUUUCCAGCGUUGCGACUAUAUUCUCGAUGGAUAUGUUUGACUGGAAUGCCCAGGAUGGAGGGUCUGUCGUGUCCAAGUAUAUCUGGCUGUUCGCCACAUUCGCGAUUGGACUCACUGCGAUCACAGUCUACGCCUGGUAUCACAUCACUACCCGUCAUGAGAGAAAAGCGGACGAAGAAGCUUCGGAAAUCCAAGUAAGAAUUGAAAAGAUGGUUUAA